AUGGACCUUCACUUCUCCGACAACAAGCUGAUCAAGAUCACAAAAGAGUUCACGAUCGUCCAGUCCAAGCCGUCCAAGAGUAAGGGCCUCGACAGGUCCGACAGCGCGAACCUGACCAAGCCCGUCGCUUCAUGCAAUAACAAGGAUACACAAAACUCUUCGACCCGGGCCAAGGGCUUGGAUGAGAAGUCGGUGAAGGGAACGGGGAUUGCUGCGGCUCGGAAGCCCAAGGAGCACGGUAUGAAGACCGAGAGCGAUAUGGACCGCACCGUCCUGAGUAAUCAGAAGGAGAACAACUACAACAAGAACGACGGCAGCGGUAACGACGAGGACGGCUAG